AUGGUAUUUAGUCCUGGAGAUGUUUGCUAUGUCGACUACGGGGAGCAGCCGAUUGUUGCUCACACUCGCGUAGUGCUGGCUGUGAUUGAUCACUCCCGCCAUGAAUAUGUAAUCCUUACUCCAGACAAAGACGUGUACAUUGACAUCCUCCACGAGUCCAAUGAAGAUUUUGUCCGAUUCUUCUUCGCCGGGCCUCAGGGAGGCAUUCCUAGGGGAGUGUCUGCUCGAAACAUUUAUGCAUUUUCUCCCAUGUCCCCUGCGGAGCUGGCUGUGCACAUGCAAGCCGGGCGGGCCUUGGCAGAGGAGGAGCUGCGAAAUCGGGGCGGAGGAGAUCAAGGUGCAGGUGUUGGUCCAAUUCUUGCAGAGGUUAUAGGAGAGACGAUCAUUGUCCCGAAUGGGGCGCCGCGGCUAGAAGACCGAGCCUUGGUCAGGGUCACCGACUCGGAUGGGGAUGAUGCUCGGACGGUCUCAGUGAAGUAUUUGGCUAACGGCGAGAGGGGCAGGAACUUCAAAGACACAGUCAAGGAAUAUGUCCAGGUUGAGUUCGAUGAUUGGCCGCUCCAGCCUCGCACUUGCCAGGACUACCUGAAUGCUGUCUGUGAGGUUGCGGAGUCUUGUUACACUCAGCAUCUAGCUUGGGUACAACAGGCGAAGAUCCCUGAAGGCGACCGAGCAAUCUACGAGGAUGAGCUUCUCAGCAAGGUUGUGGACACAGCCGAUUCACAAAUUCAAAAGGAGAAGCGCAAGUUGGCAGAGUCCAAGGGUGCCGGGAAGAACAAAGGCAAGUCAUCUACGCGCCUAGGUGACCGAGGAGCUGGGGCGCCUUCGAUAUAUUUCUUCCUCGGGAUUUUCUGGCUAGGGAUGACAGGCAGGCAACGCGAUCUUUUGCCAUUGCCACUGCUGGUGGAAGAGGCCAUCCACGAACAUGGCAGGUUGUCCCGGGUGACUGUGAGGAGAAUUCAAAAGCGAGCGCAUGUACAGAGGGAGGCAAACUUUGUCAUCAAAUCCCUGAACGCACUCUACACGGGCGGGAGUUCCUCCGGGCCUGGCGUAAUGGUGUCGGACCUUAGGGAAUUACCAUCGGCUCAGCGGCAUGCCAUAUCUCACAUACUUCGUCGAGUUCGCGAAUGUGGCCCGCCGCCUUUGCAUGUGACCACUGCAGGAGCCUUAGAAGCGCUCCGCGUCGCCUACAGUCCUUAUGGAGGCGACUCAGUGGGUGUGGGCGACGUUGUUCCAAUGAAGUUGGAUUUUCUUUCCAUUCCGGGGGUUUGUGGCGAUUGGGUGGACAUUACCAACAAGGUUGAGGGUACCCCAGGAGAAUAUCUCAAAAAUCCUCUAGAACUCAUGUUGCAGGAUGCUGACAAUUGGGGAGCGGUUGCUGAUGAGGCGCGGAAGAUCCGUACCUACGAUGACCCGCAACUCCGGCAGAAGAAGUUCUACAUGAGUUUCCUUAAGAAGUUGAAAGAGGCUGGCGUCCUUGCAUUCUCCCAAGUUGCAGCUGGCAGAGUUGGUGCUUUCGUUGUUCGCAAGAAGCCAAAGGAAGUAGAGGGGAAGAUGCGGGAGAGACAAAGGCUUAGCCUUGACUGCAGGCGGGUAAAUGCUCUUUUUCGUGCACCUCCCGUGACCGAGCUAGGCUCGCUCCCUGCUGUUGGUGAUCUCUACAUCCCGGAGGGCAGUGACAUGUUCAUUUCGGGGGGGGAUAUUCGGGAUUGCUUUUACGCUUGCCGAUUGCCGGAUGAGCUUCUCAGCUACUUCUGCUUUUCUGUCGAUGUCAGUGUUGCGGAGGUGGCCGAGAUUUACGGGGGCAACCUGCCUGCAGAGCUGCGUGGCAUGCCGAGUGACUUCAUGGUGUGUCCGGGGCUAAAUGUACUGCCUAUGGGUUUCUCCUGGUUUUUCUAUCUGGUACAAGCCCUACAUGUGCAAGCCUGCAAAGAUGCAACCGUCAAGAGUGGGGAGAAUUUGGUGCUAGAUGCCAGGCCCCCGCCCUCGUUGACUUCGGGAUCCACGCUGUCUAUGCCUUAUUGUGACAACACGCGUGUUCUCAGUUUGAGUGCUGGUCGCAGUCAGGAUGAUAUGGACGGGGUCAAGAAGAAGCUCGAGGAUUGGGGGUUCGAGGUGCAUGAAGAGGUUAGUGCCACCACAUUGUUCCCAACUCUCGGUGGCGUCAUUGACGGUCAGGCUGGCGUGGUUCGGGCUACGAGAGAGAUCCUGGAGGCUUAA